CACUAUGAUGUUUUUCUGGAACUCCCUCCCUUCCUCCAUCCUGGCUCUCGUGGUACUUUAAUUUUUAAAAAAAAUGUUUUCAAUGUUUGUAAGAAUUAUAAUCCAUUUUUUUGCGUUAGGAAAUGUCCACCACAUAUAGUUAAAAGUUCGUUCAUUUUGUUGACAUCUUCCAACAAACAUUUUAAAAAAUUUAGUUCCAACUUUGCUGAUUUUUCUGGUGACGUGUACCAUCUCAUCUUGUAGACACUUUCUCUUAAUCCACAGCAUCUUGUGAAUUCAAUCUUUAUUUUCCACAUCUGUUACCAUUUGUCUAGGCGGAUAUUAUGGCUCCCGUUAUUUGAUUAGCUGCACUUCGAUGUCUGAUUUUAAUAAUAUUGUGUAGAUUUUUGCAACUAAUUUUUCCUUGGACUGGGAGAAAAUAUUAUCUAUUUCAUUACCUUUCCAGUUAUUGCUUAUUUGGUAUUUUUCUUGUGGUUGUCUGUAUUGGAACUAUGAACAUUGUACGCCCUCUUGUUGUAGUUGGCUUGGAUUUUGUAGACGAGUUUCCUUUCGUUGCCCAAUCUCUACCUGUUUAUAGAUGGACCAUUGGUCUCCCCCCAUCUCUGUCCGUCCAAUGGAAGGCUCCUUUGGUCGAUGCCCACAAAGGUGUCCAAUUUGUGGGCACCGCAAUUGAAGGGAGAUGUUGACAAGCUGGAAAGCAUCCAAAGGAGGGCAACUAAAAUGAUCAAGGCUCUGGAGAACAAGCCCUAUGAAGAGUGACUUAAAGAACUGGGCAUGUUUAGCCUGCAGAAGAGAAGGCUGAGAGGAGACAUAUGAUAGCCAUGUACAAAUACGUGAAGGGAAGUCCUAGGGAGGAGGGAGCAAGCUUGUUUUCUGCUGCCCUGCAGACUAGGACGCGAUGGAACAAUGGCUUCAAACUACAGGAAAGGAGAUUCCACCUGAACAUCAGGAAGAACUUCCUCACUGUGAGAAGGGCUGUUCGGCAGUGGAACUCUCUGUGUGAUGGAGGCUCCUUCUUUGGAGGCUUUUAAGCAGAGGCUGGAUGGCCAUCUGUCAGGGGUGCUUUGAAUGCGAUUUCUUGCUUCUUGGCAGGGGGUUGGACUGGAUGGACCAUUUUUUUUUCGUGUCAGGAGCAACUUGAGUUGCUUCUGGAGUGAGAGAAUUGGCCGCCUGCAAGGACGUUGCCCAGGGGACGCCCGGAUGUUUUUGAAGUUUUUACCAUCCUUGUGGGAGGCUUCUCUCAUGUCCCCGCAUGGAGCUGGAGCUGAUAGAGGGAGCUCAUCCACACUCUCCCCAGGUGGGAUUCGAACCUGGCAGCUUCCAGGACAUGAGAGUUCUCUGGAGCCACCCCUGCCGUGAUGGGAAACGAACCAGCUUCUAGUAGAUAUUAAGGAAUUUGGAAACCAAAGUGCAGUAAGGAAACCAGUCCCCUAGGAAAAAGGAUUCCUCUCAAGGGUCUGAUCUUGCUGAAUUCCUACAUUCACUUUGGAUUAUAGAGUAGAACCAUAGAGUCGGAAGAGACUGCGUGAGGCACCCAGUCCAGGCCUCUGCCGUGCAGGAAAAGCGCAAAGUACCCCUGACAGAUGAGCAUCUAGCGUCUGUUUAAAAGAUUCCAAAGGAGCCUCCACUACAUUUUGAGGCAGAGAGUUCCACUGCUGAACAACUCGUACAGUCAGGAAGUUCUUAAUGUUCAGGAGGAAUCUACUUUCCUGUAAUUUGAACCCAGUGCUGUGAGUAACCAGAAAGGGAAAAACAAGAGUCAAGUGUCCAUAUUGCAAUUAAAUGUACAUAACACGACAUGGAGGAGAAAGCAUAUAAAUGUAUCGAAUGUGGAAAGAGCUUUAGUCAGCAUGGAAAGCUGAAGAGACAUCAAAGGACUCACACUGGGGAGAAACCCUAUAACUGCCUGGAGUGUGGACAGAGCUUCACUGAGAAUGGACACUUACAAAGACAUCAAAGGACUCACACUGGGGAGAAACCCUAUAACUGCCUGGAGUGUGGAAAAAGCUUUGCUCAUAAUUCAACCCUCCAUGCACAUCAAAGGACUCACACUGGGGAGAAACCCUAUAUAUGCCUGGAGUGUGGACAGAGAUUUCCUCAGAAUGGAGGCUUACAAAUACAUCAAAGGACUCACAGUGGGGAGAAACCCUUUAAAUGCCUGGAGUGUGGACAGAGCUUUUCUGCUAGUUCAACUCUACGUAAACAUCAAAGGACACACACUGGGGAGAAACCCUAUAACUGCCUGGAGUGUGAACAGAGCUUUGCUGAUAGUUCAGCUCUACGUCAACAUCAAAGUACUCACACUGGGGGGAAACCCUAUAAAUGCCUGGAGUGUGGACAUACCUUCAGUCAUAGUGGAUAUCUACGUAAAAGGACUCACACUGGGGAGAAAACUUAUAUGUGCCUGGAGUGUGGACAGAGCUUUGUUCAUAGUUCAAGCCUACGUAAACAUCAAAGGACUCACACUGGGGAGAAACCCUUUAAAUGCCUGGAGUGUGGACAGAGCUUCGCUGAUAGUUCAACUCUACGUAAACAUCAAAGGACUCACACUGGGGAGAAACCCUAUACAUGCCGGGAGUGUGGAAAGAGCUUUACUUGUAGUUCAGGUCUACGUUUACAUCAAAGAACUCACACUGGGGGGGAACCAUAGAAAUGCAUGGAGUAUGGACACAGCUUUUCACAGAAUAACAUUAUGCAUAGACAUCAUAGAAUUCAGCCUGGAGAGAAUGGUGUUAAUUGACACCAGAGUGUCAUUCUAACAAGUAGAAAUGCAACUCUUGGAAAUUUUGGAAAUGCAAGCUCAAAGUUGGGACAUUUCAUCACAUGUGGUGAAUUGUAGAAAGAUUGAACUAAAAAUACAGUGUUCCCUCACUAAUCCCCGGGUUUGGGUUCCAGAACCACCCGCAAUAAGUGAAAAUCCGCAAAGUAGGGAUGCUAUAUAUUUCUACAUUAUUUUAGUAGUUAUACACUAUUUUAAGUCUUUAUCAAGAAAUCAUGUGUUGAUAAAUCGCCUCCUUCUCCUCUUGUUGCCGCUUGGGCUCCUUUUCUCUCCCUUUGGCUUCUCCUUCCUCCCUUCCUUAGGCUGUACAUUGUAAUUUUUUUAUUAUUUAUAGUAGUCUUUUAGAGUUCAUUGAAAAACUGCAAAACAGCGAAUCCGCAAAGAGCGAAGUAGUGAGAGAACUCUGUAUGUUCCAUUCUGGAAGUAAUUAUAUUAUCUAAAUGGAGUAGAAUAAUGAGAGAUAAAAAUUAACAGAAUGAGGCCUUUAGGCAUUUAUCCCUGUCUGUUUGUUAGUUCAGUUGUGUGUCUAUGAAGGUAACUGUUUCGCGGGUCUGUUUGUUUCUGAUUUAGUUUUGUAUCUCAUGUAGUAGUUAGUUUCAUGUGUAGUUGAAGCAUUAUAUACAAUUUCUGCCUUUUUUGUAAUGUUGCUUUUAAUCUCUCUUUUUUAUUUUAUUUUUUUUUGCCACAAAGAGGAGGGGGAUUUAUAAGGGACAAAACUGCUGAAACUGUCAACUUGUUUUGUUCUGAACCCAAAGGUUUCCUGUUCUUUGGAUGCCGAGUGUUCAGGGAAGAGUGAGGUCUGUGAGAUCAGUGAGUAGAAAAUAAGACACAAUUUAGAUAAUCGUUUGUGACACAACAACAACCCUUGUAGUAGUCAGUGGGAUAUUCUGUUUGCCUUCUUUAAUGUCAAAUAAGAUAUUGUGCUCAGAUAUAAAGAUUUAUAAAGGAAACACCACAAUGGAUAUAAAACAAUGGGAAGCGCGGGCAGCAGAUUAUGUGUGCUCACCACACCUCACACAGAUAGGACCACGUGUGCUAUAAACAUGGAAGAUGUGAUACAUUCACACAAGAUACAGGAAUGGGAUGUGUUUGUGUUACUCCUGCUCAGCUAAUGUUAUGGUCUGAUGGAAAUAUAAUAGAACCCGAUAAACAAACAUUCGGUUGAAAUGUAAAUGUAACAUAACUUUUGUUCAAGAUGAUGAAACUGGGAAUUUGGUGUAAGUGGUGGAGAAUGGAGACAGUGAAAUAGACUUGAAGUUUAAAAAGUUAUCCAUAACUAUAAGAUAAGGAAUUAAUUGGGAAAAAUUAAAUAUACUAGUAAAAACAAAUCAGCAGGUGAAGAAACAUUUGGAGAGUUAUGAGGAAAGAAGUAAGAAAGGUUUUGUUAGGAUCCAAGAGGUUGGUGGAGAACGUCAGAGCGUGGCCGCAGAAGGAAGCAGCCCGACAGAACGUCACUGGUGUGAUGAAAUCAACGGAUAUUCACCCAAAGCGGCAGCAGCAUGUUUACAUCUAUUGAUGCACCCAAUAGUAAGGUGAGGGCUACAAGGAGUGACUGAUCGAUUUUCUGUAUUUGAAAACAAAUUGCAAUACUUAGAAACGCAAUUGUGAACUGUGGUGUAUGUUGACUCUAUUGAGAGGGUUGAUGGGCCAAAGUGCCUGCAUUUCUAUUCUAUUUCUAUUCUAUUUCUGAUUGCUUUUAAUUAUGCAUUAUUAAGGUCUCUGCUUCAACUUAUUCUAUUAAAGAUGCAACCUGCCUUCUUCCAGAGGAGAGGCAAGUGUCCGUAUGUCGCCACUAUGUUUCCGGAACAUCUUGUGGUCGGCCGAUGUGGUUAAUGUGGUUAAGCUACUUACUGGAACAUAAGUGAACAACAUGUUUUUCUACAAAUGUUGUUUAUGAUAAAGGAAGCACGCUUGCAACACUCUGUACUGUUCCAAAGAAAUGAGGAACAUGAGGAUAUAUUGAGCUUCAUUUCAAAUGUUCUUCAUGGCGGUCACCUUUGAUUUGUCCAUCCGUCUAUACUGCAGUAUAAUAAAGGUACUUGUUUUAAACUC